UCGAAUCUUAAUUAUGAUAUAUUUUUACUUGUAUAAGAUAACAAUAAAUCUUUGUAAUGGAACAAUAUUGAGGGAAGUACGAAUUUAUCAACGUAUAUCAUUAUCUUUUCACGAUUAUUGCCUGUAUGUAAUUUAAUAUUCUAACACGAUCCGAUUCAUUUCCCUAUUAAACAAAGAAGGCUGAAAACAGUGAAUUAUUAUUCAACAAUUCACUGUUCUGACGUCACAAUUAUUACGUCAUAGCGUCAAACGGUAUAACGGCGCGCUGGAAAAGAAACCUAUUGAAAACGGGCAAAUAUUCAAUGAAUGCCGUCAAGGAUGUAUAUACUUUAAAGACCUUGGUAACGUGUUAGAAUGGAAAUAAUAUAUCUCUUUUAGUGAUUUGCUCUUGAAUAAAACAUCUCCGCAUAGUUCAGUUAAGACACAUAUUUUCACAAGUAACUGUCGAUAAAAUAUUUUUUCUUGACCACAAAGAAAAAAUUACAUUAAUGAUUUGUUGUGCACAAGUUUAGAUCUAAUGUGUUUAAUGUACUUCGAAAGACCGAGCAAUACAGAUCGUAUAUUGCCAAGAAGCACUCGGGAAUAUGGAGUUGUGAUUCUUGAAAAGUAAUUAGUGUGACAUCAUGGUGCUAUAAACAUUAUAACUACACAUGUAAAGAUAUUUGUCAUGCUCUGUCCAGAGACCGUUGUGAAAAUGGUGGAACAUGCGUUCCGAAGGGUGCAAGUUUCACAUGUUCGUGCAUGCCAGGGUUUGAAGGCGAGAUAUGUCAAGUCAAUAUUGACGACUGCACACCAAACCCGUGCAACGCAUCGACAAGUAUCCGUUGUAUAGAUGGCACAAAUGAUUUUUCUUGCAACUGUAAACCCGGAUACACAGGCAAAACUUGCAAUAUAGAUAUCGACGAGUGUACAAGUUCACCCUGUGAGCACGGAAGUACCUGCGUGGAUCAUGUUAACGGAUACACAUGUGCCUGUGCGCCGGGUUAUACUGGAGUUCUCUGUGAAAUAGAGAUCGACGAAUGCGCGAGUUCUCCGUGCAAGAAUGGUGCCACGUGCAAGGAUAUGAUAAAUCGAUUUACUUGUCAAUGUCCUCCACGAAUAUAUGGCGUUCUAUGCGAUACAAAUAUUUGCCAUCCGACUCCGGCAGAUGUCGUCUUUGUAUUGGAUUCAUCAGUUAGCAUGACAGAGAAAGAAUUUAAGAAACAACUGGAAUUUAUUGCUAAUUUUAGCAGUAAAGUUCCCAUCGGACCACGUGACUUCCAAAUAAGCAUGGUGACUUUUUCCUUCCAUGCUCAUGUUGAGUUCUAUCUAAACCAGUACACAGACAAUUCUUCACUUAUUGACGCUGUAAUGAAUAUCACAUACAAACCAGGUUCAACUCGUACUGAUGAAGGUCUCAAAGCGGCCAAGGCAGUUUUCAGUAUGGGUCAUGGUAUUGAAAGGCGGAUAAAACAACACACAGGCUGAUAGGUUUGUGUAUAUCAUUACUGACGGCAUGUCAACAUACAGAAUGAAAACCAAGGAAGCCGCCAGAUCUUUGAAAAAGGUCGUAGAUUCAAUCGCUGUCAUUGGUAUCGGAAAUGAAGUUUCUCAUCAAGAACUUAUGGAUAUGGCUACAGACCCAUCAUUUGGGUAUUCCAUAAAGAACUUUAAUUCUUUGUACACCGUUCUCAAACGCCUGGUUCAUUUUGACUGCGAUAAAUGUGAAAACAGCGCAGAAUCUGACGUAGCUAUUUUCUUAGAUUCUUCAGUAACAGUCCAACAGUACAGCGCAAGCAUUGACGCAGUUAUUCACAUCAUUGACGUCAUGAAGCGGUUUGGUGUCA